GAUACGAAGGAGAUUUGAACUCUGACGCGACAGUGAUUCCGGUGAGAGAUCUUCGCAUAUCUUUUCACGUACAUCAUACAGAAUCAUAAUGCGCCGAUCCCUUUAUACUUUUCCGAUUCUUCAGCUGUGGCUAUUGAUAAUUUUGCUUGUGUCGUCAAGUAUGGGGGUGUCGAGGCCGCGCGGCAAAAAAAAGAUCGUCGCCAAAGAGAUGAAGGAGUCGAAUAUCUGUGACAUUCAGAAUCAGCAAACGGCGAUGUAUUGCUACUGCAAGGAGGAUCUGCAAAAUGCCACCAGUGCCGAUUGCUGGGUGAUGAGCAAGCUCGAUCGUGACGAUCCUCUGUGGGAUUAUUUUAAAUCGCAGAUUUAUCUGGAAACACUAGUGUUUACAGUGCGCCAGAUCGACGUUCUCGAUUAUGUCCCCACUGCGCUGCUGCGCCAAUUGAAGAACUUGCACACCCUCAAAAUCAUGUAUGCGAAUAUUUACGAGAUCACCGAGCACACCUUCAGUAAUUUCGGUUUCGCCAGUCUCAAUCUCGAUCGCAACAUGAUCAUCGCGCUGCAGAAAAAUGCCUUCGAGAACAUGCGGAACCUCACCGAACUCAGUCUCCAGGAAAAUCGCAUCACCGAUAUUAAUAGAGAGGCGUUUGUGAAUUUGCCGGUUUUGCGCAAGCUGUCUCUGCACCAAAAUAAUAUCAGCACCAUCCGCGACAAGACAUUUAAGCAUUUAAACUUACUGCAAGAACUCGAGCUAAGUAGCAAUCAAAUUACCAGUAUCACGCACGAAACUUUCUACGGUCUGCGCAAUCUGCAACGUCUCAAUCUGCGUAACAAUCAAAUCGCCAUGAUUGGAAAGCGCAACUUCGCCGAGAUGCCGGGAUUAAUCGAGCUUGAACUCGAUCAAAACGUAAUUACGUAUAUAUCCGAAAGAGCAUUCGAUGGUAUGCACGAUCUUCAGAAACUGCGGCUCAGCGAGAAUCUGCUGGUGAAGCUGCCGCAGGAUUUCCUGGCCGGCGCACCGAACGUUCGCUUUUUGGAUCUGAGGGAGAACGCCUUGAAGACCAUGACUUUUGACAAUAUCAAGCCUAUCGUAACCAAUCUUUACAGCAUCAACAGCGACUUUUUUCUUAGCGACAACGAGCUGAUCUGUGACUGCAAACUUGCAUGGAUCUGGGGCCUGCGAAAUGAAACGAAGAACACGCAUCUAAGAGAUACCCUAGAAGAGCUGACAUGCUUUAUUGAAAGCAAUAACGUAUCACAAAAGAACAACAACGAGGGCCAUUUCGGAAGAUUUCCCAAGGAAUAUUCUGCUGAUUAUUCGAGAAAUGAUGGUAACGAGUACAAGAAGGCCGAUGACAGGGUUGACGACGAAAAUUACUCUUCAAAUUCGAACGAUAAGGUCAACAAAUGCUGCAUAAAGCAUUUGUUCGACUUAAAGCCGGAGGAGCUACCGUGCCCGGAGCUUUCGCGGGAAGAUUUAAUGGCCUCCGAGCAACCAUCCAACCGCCACGAAAAUGCACGUGUGGGUUCUGGCUCUAGCUGGUUCAGUUCCGGUUCGAUCUCGGUCCAGGCCGAUCGGUUCGUUCUAGCUGCCCUCUCAUUGUUAACGCUAUCUAUGCUUUUUUCCACAUAGAACAGACUGUACGCAUUCACGAAGGCAACAUUAAACGUCACUCGGCGUCCCGAUAUCUCUGAGUGAGCAAAAAAAAUUGAUCGCACGUAAAUGAAACCGGAAUGUUUGAAGACGAGUGCAUGUGUGAAAGCGUCUGUGUGUUGUGUGUGCAUGUAUGUGCACUUACGUAUAAAAACUAACACUGAUCUGAGAUGUCACCUUCGAUAUACCCCCAAAGCGCUUAUUGCAAUUAUCAUCGUUCAUUGUAUGAGAAGUUGUGUCAGAUAAAAUUCCCAAAAGUUAGAAAAAAAUGUCGUACUGAAGAAAAAUGUGUCAUUAUUUGCCGAAAUCAAUAUGCAGUCGUGUUUGUACAUAAUUUUUUAAUUCGACGAUGUUUUCAAAAAUAUAUUUAUAGA